AUGGUCAACAUUACGGACAAGAUCAAGGAGAUCGAGGAUGAGAUGAAGAUGACCCAGAAGAACAAGGCGACAAACUAUCACCUAGGUCUUCUGAAGGGCAAGCUUGCCCGGCUUCGCGCGCAGCUUCUCGAGCCCGGUCCUGGGGCAGGAGGUGGUCCCGGAUCGGGCUUCGAUGUGAGCAAGAGCGGCGAUGCGCGGAUAGCACUGGUGGGGUUCCCAUCCGUGGGAAAGUCCACCUUCCUCUCGAAAGUCACCAAGACGAAGUCGGAAGUCGCGAGCUACGCCUUCACGACUCUGACGGCCAUUCCCGGUGUUCUGGAGUACGGAGGCGCAGAGAUCCAGCUUCUUGAUUUGCCUGGUAUUAUCGAAGGCGCGUCAGAAGGAAAGGGCCGAGGAAGACAGGUCAUUUCCGCAGCCAAGACGAGUGACUUGAUUUUGAUGGUUCUAGACGCCACAAAGAGAGCGGAGCAGAGGGCGCUGCUCGAGGCCGAGUUGGAGGCCGUUGGCAUCCGCCUGAACCGGGAACCACCUAACAUAUAUCUGAAGCCGAAGAAGGCAGGCGGCAUGAAGAUCAACUUCCAAAACACACCCAAGAACCUUGACGAAAAAAUGGUGUACAACAUCUUGCGUGACUACAAGAUACUCAACUGUGAGGUUCUCGUUCGUGACGACGAGGCAACGGUGGACGACCUGAUCGACGUGAUCAUGAAGAACCAUCGUACUUAUAUCAAGUGUCUUUAUGUCUACAAUAAGAUCGAUUCCGUCUCGCUCGACUUCCUGGACCGGCUGGCACGUGAGCCCAACACUGUCGUCAUGAGCUGCGAGCUCGACCUGGGCAUCCAGGACGUGGUUGACAGGUGCUGGAAGGAGCUGGCACUGAUACGGGUGUACACGAAACGGAAAGGCAUCGAGCCGGACUUCAGUGAAGCGCUGAUCGUGAGGAGUAAUAGCACCGUUGAGGAUUUCCCUCUUCCUGACAAACGCCGAAGCCCUUAA